UAUUUAUCUAUGUUCUAUUUGGCAAAUCUACUUUCUUACGAAGAAAAUAUUAGGAAAUAACUUGAUUUAAUAUGAGUAUUACAGAGGAGGUUUAUUUACCUACAGAGGAUGAACUCACUGUUCAAGAAGUAAAUCUAUCAGGGCCUGUUCUAAAAGCAGCUGCUUUUCAUUAUGGAUUAGCCUGUUUGAAAGAAAAUAAUGAAUUCAUGUUAUGCAGAAAUGAACUUAAGGAUCCAAGAGCUUGUAUUAAUGAGGGAAAAGCAGUUACAAAUUGUGCAUUAAAUUUUUUUCGACAAGUAAAGAAGUCUUGUGCUGAAGAGUUUGAGCAAUAUUAUACUUGCAUUGAUAAAUCAUCUAUUGAUCAGACGUAUACACCAUGCCGUAAGACUCAAGCUGUAUUUGAUAAAUGCAUGAAAGACAAUCUAAACCUUGAGAGAGCACCUUUUGAUUAUUUUGCAAGGGUGCAAGUUCAUGAGACUAAUAGGCCUAGACCAACAGCAGAACAAAUUCCUCACUAUCCUGAUACACCUGCUGCUCUACCUCCAGAUGCGCCAAAACCUCCAGCUAAAUAUGGAUCCCGUUAUCUUGGUUUUUGGUGAAGAUUUACUUCCUUGAACUUGAUUUAUGUAGUAAAUGUACAUUGAGGUUAAUAAGUUAAAAUAUUGGUAUCUAUUGUUGUUUCUUCAACAAAGUAAAGUGGAUUCAUUCAAA